GGUGAGCCGAACUCCGGAAGUAGCUGAGAAAGCGGAGGCGCCAGAGUCUGAUCGUCUGCUGGGGCCGACUUGGGUUCGUCGCAGCCAUGGGGAAGCGACAACACCAGAAGGACAAGAUGUACAUCACCUGCGCGGAGUACACUCACUUCUAUGGUGGCAGGAAGCCAGAUAUCACACAGACAAGUUUUCGCCGCUUACCUUUUGACCACUGUAGUCUCUCUCUGCAGCCUUUUGUCUACCCAGUCUGCACCCCGGAAGGUGUCGUCUUUGACUUGCUAAACAUUGUUCCAUGGCUUAAGAAGUAUGGGACCAAUCCCAGCAAUGGAGAGAAACUUGAUGGGAAAUCCCUGAUCAAGCUGAACUUUGCAAAGAACAGUGAAGGGCAGUACCACUGUCCAGUGCUGUACUCUGUGUUCACUGACAACACACAUAUUGUGGCCAUCAGGACAACAGGCAAUGUCUACACCUAUGAGGCAGUGGAGCAGCUAAACAUCAAGGCCAAGAACUUGAGGGACCUAUUGACUGAUGAGCCCUUUUCCAGGCAAGACAUCAUCACCCUGCAGGACCCCACCAAUCUGGACAAAUUCAAUGUUUCCAAUUUCUUCCAUGUGAAGAACAACAUGAAAGUCAUAGAUCCAGAUGAGGAAAAGGCCAAACAGGACCCAUCUUAUUACUUGAAAAAUACAAAUGCUGAGACCCGAGAGACACUACAGGAGCUCUACAAAGAGUUCAAAGGAGAUGAGAUUUUAGCAGCCACCAUGAAGGCACCUGAGAAGAGGAAGGUGGACCAACUGAAUGCUGCCCACUAUUCCACGGGAAAGGUCAGUGCGUCCUUCACCUCUACUGCCAUGGUACCUGAGACCACGCAUGAAGCAGCCGUCAUUGAUGAAGAUGUACUGCGCUACCAGUUUGUGAAGAAGAAGGGCUAUGUGAGGCUACACACCAACAAGGGCGACCUUAACCUAGAGCUGCACUGUGACCUGACACCAAAAACCUGUGAAAACUUCAUCAAGCUCUGCAAGAAACAGUAUUAUGACGGCACCAUCUUUCACAGGUCCAUCAGGAACUUUGUGAUCCAGGGCGGUGACCCCACAGGUACAGGCACAGGUGGAGAGUCCUACUGGGGCAAGCCUUUCAAAGAUGAGUUCCGCCCCAACCUCUCACAUACAGGCCGUGGAGUGCUCAGCAUGGCCAACUCGGGGCCCAACACCAACAAGUCUCAGUUCUUCAUCACAUUUCGCUCCUGUGCUUACCUGGAUAAGAAGCACACUAUCUUCGGACGGGUUGUUGGGGGUUUUGACACACUGACAGCUAUGGAGAAUGUGGAGAGUGACCCCAAAACUGACCGUCCUAAGGAGGAAGUGUGUAUAUGUGCAACCACAGUGUUUGUGGAUCCUUAUGAGGAGGCUGAUGCCCAGAUUGCCCAAGAGCGGAAGAAGACACAGCAGCAAGUGGAUCCAGAGGCUAAGGUCAAGCUGAGCCAGUCCCAGCCUGGGAAGCAGGGCCCCCAGACAUACCGCCAGGGGGUGGGCAAGUACAUCAACCCAGCAGCCACGAAACGAGCAGCAGAGGAAGAGCCAUCAACCAGCACGGCUGUCCCCAUGGCCAAGAAGAAGCCCAGCCGGGGCUUUGGGGACUUCAGCUCCUGGUAGCAGCAGGCUGGCUCAUGAAUCCUGGCCACACUUACAAGCCCCUACAAGGUGGUGUCAGAGAAGCACCAAGCUCCCAGAAGCCUGGGUCCUCAAGGGCUCUGAAACCUUGACACAUCCUUUGUUCCCAGUGGAUGCUGCAAGAAAGUGUGGUUAUCCCUGCACGGUGAGGCCUUACCUCCAAGACAGCGCACACUCUGGAAACCUUGUUGACAACAGCAGCUUUAUUUCUAUUCCUCACAGACAAGCUACCAAGGGCGACAGCUUUGCCAGGGACAGGGAGACCAAGGACGCUUUGUAUGCUUGAGCUUGUUGGUCCUGCUACUCAUGGUGAAUUCCCAGUUGCUUCCAGGUCACUGUCCGGUCAGCCUUACCUAGAGCCUAUACCUGUCCCAAGGGCAGCUGCAUCCUCUUCCGCUCUUGUCUUUCAGGAUAGAGAACAGGCCCUGCCAGGGCCUGCAUUCCCACCGCUUGUACAGAGCUUAAAUGGUAGCUUUUUAGGCAGUAAUGACACUUGGAUUUUGAAAACUGCCCGAUGAGGUCAUCAGAAAAUAAAGGACUUUUUUAAAGAAAAAGAAAAUCUCAUUUCUGAGCUUUUCAAAUACUCGACUGAUGCCAUCAAGAAUAAGCAUUAAAUAUAAAAAUACUAUGACUAUGCUAACAAGACAGCAACAAAAUAACCCACAUUUCUAAAGCGGGGUGGCGUUUGUGACCUGGUGUCAGUCACCUCCCAGUGCUCUGAAGAAAACAUUUCUACAUAGUCACAGAACGAUACUGUAGAAACUGAAGAAGGUGGGAUCGUUUCACAGUUUAUCAGCACAUCUGGUUGUGGUUUUGCAUCACUUCCCCUGAAGCCAGCUCAUGGUCAGUUCUUUUGAUUUAAAAAGUUUAUAUAUCACAGAAGGCCAACACAAAAUCCAAAAAACUCCAUAAAAGUUUUGUUGAUAUCCAUUACCCCCCAAUACGAAAUAAGUCAUAAAGAGUAUUAGCAAAAAAUUUCCAAUCAAUGCUGUCACAAAAGACAAUACAAAGUGCUCAAGUAGAAGGGCAGAAAGCUUGCCCAGAACAUAAAAAGCUGUAGAUAUAAUCUUAGUAUAUACAAAAACUGGUCAGGAGGACUCUGGGUUCUUCAAUUUAAGUGAAGCAUUCAUGGGGAUAUAUAUAUAUAUAUUCAGAGUGCCCUCACCUUUCCUCCUGAUGGUGACAUCUGGUCUCUCAAGCCUCAGCUACCAAGUUCCCACUUGCAAGAGUACUGAGAAUUAGCCAGGGUGUUGACUGUUGGCUAGUGUUCAUUCUAGACAAGGAUGGAGUAUGGGCCCUGCUAGGUUUCACACAGACUAGCUGCCUAUGUUGGACUUCAGAAGUUACCUUACUGGGUAGAGUAACCUUGCUUUGGGUUAGUCUAGAGGGAACCAGGACAUAGUUGGGGAGAAAGCAGCUUCGGCCAGGACUGGGCAUAGAGGCUCAUAGACCAUGCAAACAUGUCUUACAUUGCCUAGGCAUUUCUUGUACUACCAGGCUUCCACACUUGGGUAAAGACAUGGCUCCAAAAUGUAGGCUUUGGAGUGAGCAGGGAGCUGGAGCAGCCAAAUGAAGAAGUGCCUGUGCUGGCCAGAGGAUCUGGGCUUAGGUUUGGGGUUGGGAGUCCAAAGGACUAGAAACUGCUCUUGGACUAAGCAUACCCCAGGCAGCAGCUGCGACUUUUCUGCCAUGCUGCCUUCCCAGCUUAAGGUGCUUAGCCUUCCCAGGCCGCCUUUCUGCUCUUCUGCCCUGUGUUCAGUACAGAAAGUUGAAACACAAAACUUAUCUGGGAAUGGUUCUGGCCUCCAUCUUCUGCUAAUUGGCCACUCCUUGUAGAUGCGUGGAGGAUUUCAGGUUGCGACUUAAAAUCUGUAAGAUGUAGGGCCUGGGGGAUGGCCCAGAUCCCUCCCUGUCAGGUCAUGAGGUGGUCCCAGGAAGGAAAGGCGGCUCCCACACUAAGAUAACUCUUCUUUUAUCACAGAAAAUCUCAAGUUCUCAAGUUUCCAUGCAUGACUAAUUGUAUUUCAAGUACAUCCAGGGGAUAAAGUGAACCCCAGCUUGCUGCUCUAUGACAGGGACCAGCCCCACAUAUGAGCUGCUGUGCUGUAGCAGUACUUGGGGGUCACCUCAGUGGCAGCCUUCUGUAGGCCUAGGGACAGAAUGCUUAGCCACUAGUCACAAGCUUUCUACACAAGGGAAUGGGGAUGUUGGCUUAAAUAAAGCACACUGAGCCUUUCUUCUUUAGCUUCUCUAACAUGUUACCAGUGGCUGCCUUCAGUUUUAAAGCCAUAUGCUUUACAUGUAAAUCUGUUGACUAUUUCUGGAAGAUUCUUAAGUGGCCUCUAUGUCUUGCUUGUGUGAGACCCUUUUUCUGUGCUUUUAGGGACUUAGGUUUGGUGGAAACACAGCCAAACUAUGGUGAAGGCGUACAGUUAUUAACUAGGCAGGUGAGUCAUCAGUUGGUUAAUUCUUUCUCUAGAAUGGAAGAAGGUAGAAAAAGAAUGCAAACUUCCAGAAACAACAGUGUACAUGAAGGGGGCUCAGAUGGGGACACCUUACCCAGAAAACAGCCUAGAGAGAGGCCUCCAAGUGUUGAACUGGGCUGGCCCGUGAGGUCAAAGUUCAAGAAGUAUUGUCCCCAGAAGCCAGGCCUUCGUCACACUCAUCUUUCAUAACAGUACUUGGACAGGAGUGGACCGCUUCGCUCUACUCCCAGCCAUUGUCUUUGAUCAUGUGGGCAAGUUCAAUAAUAAAUUUUCCUUCUUUGUA